UACGCGAUGGCGGCUCUCUCAACAAUAUCGGGAUUUUAAAGCGAAAACAGCGGCUUCUCCGCUCGGAGAGGCGUGUUGUUGUCUUGAAUAACUACCGGAAUGAUAGCGACAUCGUUUUAGCUCGUCAGUUUCGACUAAGCGCAGGGUCGGAGAUGUCCCUUUUCUGUUAGGGACUCAGUGUUUUUCUUGUUCGUCUCCCGGGCCUGGCUGUAGCUGCCUACACUGUAGCGGCGGGUUGCUACUUUCGGAUGAGCGGGCAGUAGAUCUUGAAAGAGUUGUAGGAUGGAUCCAGACGGAGGGGCAGAAACACAAAAAGCUGUUAGUUUGCAGUGGAAGAGCUACAAACUUGUCCAGGACCCAAUCAUUCGGCGGGUCUCACAGAAAAUCUACAGAUAUGAUGGAGUGCAUUUCAGUGUGCCAGACUCUGGAUUUCCUCCCGUGGGUGAAUUGCGGGACCCUAGACCUCGGAGACUAUGGUCCAGGUAUACAGAACUGUCCCUGCCAGUGCCGAAGUUUAAGCUUGAUGAAUUCUAUGUGGGUCCCAUACCCCUCAAGGAGGUGACCUUUGCUAGACUCAAUGACAACAUCAAGGAGCCCUUCUUGGCAGAAAUGUGUGCCAAGUUUGGUGAGGUGGAGGAGAUGGAAAUCCUGUUUCACCCCAAGACCAGGAAACACUUGGGCCUGGCCAGGGUGUUGUUCACCAGCACCAGAGGAGCCAAGGACACAGUCAAGCAUCUGCACAAUACUUCUGUCAUGGGUAACAUCAUACAUGCUCAGCUGGAUAUAAAAGGCCAGCAGAGGCAGAAGUAUUAUGACCUGAUAGUAAACGGGUCCUACACUCCUCAGACGGUGCCCCUGGGGGGCAAGGCUUUGACAGACAGGGUCCAGCCUCAGGCCCCAACACAGCCACAGCCUGACACGUCAUCAGAAAUCAGGCGGAGGCUCUCCAGUGAACUUGCGGUUUUGGCAGCAGGGGUCCAGGCCCUCACGUCAGGAAACAUCACCCCUUGCUCUGCAGAUACUGGGUACAGUGAUCAACGCUUGGACACGCCCACCUCUUCCAUGGCAGGCUCGUCUGUCUCAUCUCAGGGAGGUGGGGGAACACCCUACAGCUCCAGAUCUGGAACUCCUUUCUCACAAGACUCUGGAUACACCAGUGGCAGACAUACUGGCUACAACACUGGUACUUUGGGCAGUGGGUACCCUCCCCAGGACAUGCUACCUUCCUCCUCCUCAUCUUCCGCAGUGUCGUCUACUGUCGGAGGAUACAAAGUGUCUCGCUACCCUGAGGAUGCACAGGAGCCUUCAGUGUAUCAUCGAGGUCGCCCCAUGUACCCCCCAGCUACAUCAUAUCGUCCCAACGAGCCGCCGUGCUAUCCCCCAUAUCCCGGUGUUGGAGGACCUGGGCUACACAUUGCACACCACUCCUCAAUGCCUCCACCACCUCUCGCCACCCAAUAUGAUCAGCCUAUAAUGUCAGACAGGGACCGGGACCGUGAUAGAGACUUAGGGGGCCGCUAUGGGGCAGGGGGGAUUGGCUCCAGAAGGUCAUCUUACCACCACCAGCAAGACACAAACUCUUCCUCAAAGUACCAUUCCCAUCACUCCCAUCACCACUCAGAUCGCAGGGACGACAGGGGGUACCGGCGAGACAGCCUGGGCUCCCGAUCAGGUGACCACGGCCACCAGAGACACCGUAACCACCACCAUUCUCACAACCACCACAGCAGCAGCCGCAGAAGGAGCAGCCAUGACAGGGACAGGGAUCGGGACAGGGAUCGAGACAGAGACCGGGAUAGAGACAGAGAAAGGGACAGAGAUAGAGACAGAGACAGUGACUACUCUAACAGCUCUGACCCCAGAUACAAUUCCAACUCUUACCGCUCUUCCUCUAAUAGCAUGUCUCCUCCCCCCUCAUCUUACUCUGCAUAUUCAUCCUCCAAAGAACCUGCCCCAGCCCCUCCUCAGGGAGUGGACGUUUCCACCCGUCUAGGGGGCACAAGCCUGGCAGAGAGAGGUUCUCUGCCUUCGGCAGGUGCUGACAAAGACUACCACGCUGGUUAUCACAGUGCUCUGCCUCCACCUCCCCCUCCGCCACCUCCCCUCCCACCAGCGUCAGUCAUUGCAGCAGCUGUAGCUGAGACACUGGACUUCAACCAGGAUAGUCCAGCUCGCGAAGAGCAGUGGACAAAACCCAAACGCCGUCCCAGCACCCCACCCGCACCGCCAAAGACACCCCCACCUUCCUCCCCACCCCACCCCUCCACUGCAUCCUCCUCUACCUCCCCUUCCUCUACCUCCCUCCCACACCAUCUUCCCCCCUCCUCCACUUCUCCACCGCCCCCUCAGCGUGACUCUUCCUCCCCAGAGCCAGAUUCCACCAAUGAGAGUUUACCAUUCGUUUACCACAGCAGCAGCCUCGACUCUCGUAUUGAAAUGCUCCUCAAGGAACAAAAGGCUAAGUUUUCUUUCCUUGCCUCUGAUGAAGAGGAUGAGGAAGAUAGGAAAGAGGAGAAGCAGAGGGGCAUACGUGGGGAUGGAGCAGAGCGAAGAGGUGGGUCAGGUGAUGUAACAGGGGAGCACACAAGUGGUAAUCAGUUGGGAGACAACGGGGAGAAGGACCACAGGAAAAAAGGGGACAGAGACAGAGAUGGCCACAGAGGAAGGAAGCGGGGAAAGGGUGGAGAAGCAAGAAAGAGUCCUACUGUACUUACAGCAGCCACGCCUUCCUCUUCCACCCACUCUUCCAACAUCCUGCCCCUAGAGGAACCUCAGCCCCAGACUGGCCUCACUGGGACUGGAGCUUUGCAGGAGGAAUCUCCACAGGCUGGCUCUACUGAUGCUCAAGCCAGGACGGGAGCACACACACCACCUUACAAUGGACAGAAUCAGUCCUCUCCUCAUUCCUCUGGGGAAGAUAUGGAGAUUUCGGAUGAGGAGGAGGAGGAGGCGACCAUAACAACGGUGACCACCCACCAGUCCUCCGUCACCUCUGGUUCCUCACCCUCUUCAUCCCAGGCUGCCGUGCCUUCCCAAGCCACAGACCCUUCAUCUUCACCCCCACCCAUUUCUGACUCUGCACAGCACUUUGGCUCUUCCAUGCACCCUCCCAUACCUUCCUACCCUCCACAUUUGCCUCCUCCACCUCCCCCUGGUUACUCCCUCCAGCCCCCACCUCCCCCGGGGAUCCCUCCCCUGCCCCACAUGGAGCUGCACCCUGAGUAUCCUCCUCCCAUGCCCCACCAUAUGUAUGACUAUGCCACCUCCAUGGAGUUGAUGAACCAGUAUAGUGGUGGAGCUCCGAUGUCCUUCCAAAUGCAGACCCACAUGCUGAGUCGCCUACACCAGCUGCGCAUGUCGUCAUCCAACGGCACCCCAGGCCCUGGUGAGGCAGCUACUGCAGACUACACCUCCUACCAUCUUCACUCUCUGCCACCACCCCACUCACACCACCCCUACAUGGACCAAGAGGGGAGUGGGGCGGGCUCUCAUUAUGACCAGGACCACCGCUACAUGCCUCCCCACCUGCCCUACCCCUACCCCGACCCCCACAGCACUCAAAUACCACCUCCUCCACACCACGGCCUCCCACCUCCUCAUUCUGGCUGGCCGCCACACGUCAUACCACCCCACUACCCCUCGUACAUGCCCCCACCUGGCUAUGGCACCAUGCUGCCCGGGGAUGGAGACGAGUACAGGACUCCAGGGGAGGAGAUGCCCAUGCUAGGAGAGAAUCCGCAUGAAGCCACAGUGCAGAUGGUCCUGGCCACUCUGAUACAGGAAAUGAAGAACAUCAUGCAGAGGGACCUGAACCGCAAAAUGGUGGAGAAUGUUGCCUUUGCGACUUUUGACGAGUGGUGGGAGAGAAAGGAGACCAAAGCCAAGCCUUUCCAGACAAUGGUUAGGGGGGUGUCUGCCUUACGGGAUGAUGAGAAAAAAGAGGAAAAGGUCAGCCGUCCUCGGGAACCUCUCAUGUCUCUUGUGGAUUGGGCAAAGAGUGGUGGCAUGGAGGGAUUUUCUCUCCGAGGAGCAUUACGACUGCCUUCCUUCAAGGUGAAGAGGAAAGAACCUCAGGAGCUUGAAGAGGGAGACAUGAAAAUGCCACGGCCCUCGACCCCACCGGACGAGGAUGAUGAAGCUGCUGAGGGGAGAAUGCCAGAGGCAGAUCGGCACGGAGCAGAAAGGGACAAUAAGAGGAGGAAAAAGAAGCCAAGAAGUCGUAAACCUUGGGAGCUCGGCAGCGAAGGCGAGGAAACGUCUGAUGGCUCCUCAUCUGAAAAGGAGGAUGAAGAAGAGGAAAGUGAAAAGGAGUCUGAUGAUGAUGCCCUCAGUGCUGAUAGUGAUGAUGAGAGCCUCUCCUCGUCCUCUGAAGGCUCUUCCUCUUCAGCGUCUUCAUCCUCAUCGUCCUCUGAAAAUGAGGAUGAAGAGGAAGGAGAGAGAGCUGAGAGCGACGGGCUGGACAGCAUGGAUGAGUCAACCAUGGACAGCACAACUGAGAAAGAGGAUGACAGGGAGAAUAACGCAGCUGCUGUUCUUAAGGCAGAGAUCAAAACAGGUGAAGCCAAGGACCGCAAGGCAGAUUCAACAGCUGCACCUGCUAAGCGUCCUCCAUCACCCCCAUACCCACGCCCUUCGUCCCCUGUUGUUCUUGUGCCUCCUCUGAAGAAACGCAGGAAGACUGUCUCGUUCUCCACAGGCGAGAACGACAGCAAAAUGCAGCUGCCGACUGCACCGUUAUCUCCAUCUCCCUCACAGGCGGUGGGUGAAUCUUUCCUCCUCUCCCCUGGCAGGCCUGCAGAUUCCCUUGUCACUGCUGCCCCGAGUCCCUCAGCUCGUCCCACUCAGGGCAUCCAGCUGCUCCCCUUUGCCUCCAAACCGGGUGAAGGCAAUGCCCUCAUUGUGCCCCCGCCUGGACGAAUCCCAGAUUCUGAUGAGUCCAAAAAGGGACCACCUGUUUCUCCUCAGACCACUCCUGUCAAAGCCCCUGGAAAAAGGGGUGCAGGCAAAGACUCCCCCAAAUCUCCCGUUAUGGUGUGCCGCACUGUGCAGAACCUGCCACUGGACCACGCCUCUAUGUGCAGGAUGGCGUUCGAGGAGGCUCCUCCUCCACCUCCUGCCAACAAACGGUCCAGAGGCAGGCCUCGGACAGCCAGCUUAUCUGCUUCUUCCUCGUUCAGAGAGGAUGAAGAUGAGGAAGAAAGUGAGCAGAGGCUGAGACUUAGGGAACAGUUGGGGGCAUCGAGCCUCCUGCAGCUGGCCUCAGCUUCGACCACUGAUCUGUCUGUGUUGGCUGACGUAGCCUUGAAAAUGGACCCUGGUGACGCUGGGGACUCAGAGGAAACGGAGACAUCUGAUGAGGCAGAAGAGCAGAAGAUGGAAGGGGGUCUCUUCUCCCCAGAGACACUGGCCUUGGUUAUGAGCCCAGAGGGUGUAGUUGUCUUCAUGGAGCACAACUACUGCAAACCUCCCGUUCUCACAGCACCACCCAGUGCCAAAAGGACUUCCUCCAAAGACUCCUCUGUCUUGCUCCCAGCAGACCUCAACACUAUUUCUGGGGUGCUUGAAGCACCAGAGGAGGUCAUUGGAGAGGCACUACCAUCCAGGGGAGAUACAGGAGAGUACUUCUCUGCAGUGGGAGUGCUUUGUGAGUCUGAGGAUGUGGGCCAGGCUGCAGCUCUACCUCCAUCAUCAAAGAAAAUCAUGGUCGGCAAGAGUUUCGAACUUGAAAAGGACAAGAGCAAAAAGAGGAGAAGAAAAGACAAAGAAAACCUUGAAGUUCAUCACACGAAAAAACAAAAGGAGAUACCGGGCAAGAAGCAGAGGAAGCGGAAACUAGAGGACUCUGAGGAAGAUGUGGAUGUGGAAGAGCUUGAAUCUGGGGAGCUGUCCAGCUCAGACACAGAGGACGAGAUGGUUGAGGAGGUGAGGAAGAGUGAGCGCCUCUUUCUGCAGGAGGCUGGGGUGACGUCGUCCCAGCGCUGGCCAAAACCUGUUCGAGCACCUGAGCCACCAGCCAUCAAGUUCGAGAACCGCAGUGAGUUUGAACAGAUGACCAUCCUGUAUGACAUCUGGAACUCCGGUCUGGAUGGCGAAGACUUGAUGUUGCUGAAGAAGACUUACGAGAAGCUGCUACAGGACGACCACAACUCUGACUGGCUCAAUGAUACUCACUGGGUCAACCACACUAUAACCAAUUUGCCGAACCCUCGGCGUAAAAAGAAGAACGCAGGUAGCCAGCUUCGUGAGCAUGUGACCGGUUGUGCCAGGAGUGAGGGCUACUACGCCAUCAGCCGCAAGGAGAAGGACGUCUACCUGGACCUGGACCUCCCCGAGCAGGUCAUACGAGAGGUGGAGAAUGUGGACAGCUCGGGAGCUAACCGCCUGCUAUCGGAGAGACGGUCCGAGCAGCGCCGCCUCCUCACUGUUAUUGGCACCACCGCCGUCAUGGACUCUGACCUGCUCAAACUCAACCAGCUUAAGUUCCGCAAGAAGAAGCUUCGUUUUGGGCGCAGCAGGAUCCACGAGUGGGGCCUGUUCGCCAUGGAGCCCAUUGCUGCCGAUGAGAUGGUCAUUGAGUACGUGGGUCAGAACAUCAGACAGAUGGUGGCUGACAAUCGAGAGAAGCGGUACGCACAGCAGGGCAUCGGGAGCAGCUACUUGUUCAGAGUGGACCACGACACGAUCAUAGAUGCCACCAAGUGUGGCAACCUGGCGCGAUUCAUCAACCACUGCUGCACUCCAAACUGCUACGCCAAGGUUAUCACCAUAGAGUCCCAGAAGAAGAUCGUCAUCUACUCGAAGCAGCCCAUCGCCGUCAAUGAAGAGAUCACCUACGACUACAAAUUCCCCCUCGAGGAGAACAAGAUUCCUUGCCUGUGUGGAACAGAGAACUGCCGGGGCACACUAAACUAAAACUCAUGCUUCUCUUAGGCACUCGCCCACAGCCGGCCAGACCCAGACACCCUCCUGGUUCACCAUCUGAAGCCCCUCGCCACUCCUCCGGAUGGCUGCGCCGCCGUCCUCACAAUACCCAGGAAACAGAAACGCACACACUUGCACUUUUCAUGCACAUUUUUCAUUCAGCUGGCAGUUUCACAGGCCAGUGUGUGAGGGCUUUGUGUUACCUGGCAUUGGGAAGCUGUUGGGGGGGAGGGGGGGGACUCUGUUUCAUUUGUUGUUUCACUCUGUGGCAGUAUUAUUGGGUAGUUUGUUCAGCAGCCAGGCAGAAAAGGUCUUUCUCUUUCCAUGCCAAUAUCCGUUUGAAGAAAGCUCACAUAAUCGACCGCCUGGAUCACCUCCCUCCCUGCACCCACCCACCGACAAAGAUCCGCACAUAGACGCACAGUAAUAUCAGACAAAUUCAGGGUUUUUAAAAGCGCUUGUUAAGCGCGCACUUUUAAGAUGACACACUUCAAUCGAUCUGGUUUUCAGUUAUGCAAGAUUUCCAAGUCUGUACAUUUUUUUUUUAUUUCAUUUCAUAGUAUUAUAUAUUAAUAUUACUAUUGCUGUUAUUAAUGGUAUUUAGUUGCAUUAGCUGUAAGCACCUUACAGUGAGCUUCAGUGUAUCCACCCACUGUCCUUAGUGGCUUGUGAUUCACCAGCCCUAUAAACCUUUCAUUUCCCGUCUCUGCUGCGUGUUGCUCUCACGAUUUGCCACAACGCCCUGUCUGGAUGAGAGUAAAGUCCUUUGUUUUUAACCCGCUUUGAAAAUAUACGUCAGUUAAGUUGUUGAUAAAAGUGUGUUUUUGUUUUUACGUGGCUGCUGAAUUUUCGUCUGCGGGAUCAACACAACAGGGAAUUGGCCCACGUUUCUUUUCCUUUUACACCCAGUUUAAAGCUGUGUCACCGAAACGUCUUGUGAGGAGAACUUGUUGAGUGUUUUGUUUGCUUGGGUCUCUCUUUCUCUCUGUUUGUUCGCCUGUGUUUCGUUGUUCCUUUCAUGGAAUUCUUAUGUUUUGUUCCAACCUGCAAAUGUCAGACUCCUGGUUCAACAGCUGGCGAGGAGCAAGUUCUUCUUUCCUGAGCCGUUGAAAGCAAAGGUUAGAACCAAACUCCUGCUGGUUCUAGUAAAAAUGAUGUGGUCAGUGUUUAACUUAGUCUGUGUGCUACAAAUGUUUUUAAAAGGUACAUUUAUUUGGUUAGAUCGGGUCUCUUUAGAGUUUUAGUUUAGUGAAGUCCCCCCCUCCCCAGUUUAGUGGGCCUUUUCAGAAUGCAUAAUUGCAUAUUUUAUUUGCGCGUGGAGUCGUUCAUCCGGCACAAAACAUCCCCUUUUUGACAAAUGUAUUGGCUUAAAGCAAACGAUUGUCAUGCUUGUGAACUGUUUGCCGUGUAGAUGAGUGGAAGGUACUUCGAUUAGCCUCCGCAGGCUUGUGAUGCUCUGCGCAGCAGGACGUAUGUGGCCCAUGUGUGUUCUCUGUUUCAUGUGGCUCAGGCCGUCCAAAGUUUAACCUUCAUUUUGAACUUUUUACGAGCAGAAGACUCUUUAUUUUGUUCCCUCCCCAACAGGAAAAUGUGUAAGAUAUUUUUUGUUGCAGUGAAAGCCUUUCAGUACAAACCAGCCCUCUUUACUACAGGUUAAAAAGAUGAAAGGAAAAAAAAAAUCAACAAAGAAGUACAUGUAAAUAUUGUAGAGGUGUUUGUUUCUCGUAGAAACACACUGAUUUCAAGCUGUAAAUAUGUCGUUCCUUUUCCUCUCUCCAUGAGGAGGAAACAUGUACAUACCUUCCAUUCAUUUAUUUUUUAUUGUUUUUCCUUUUAAUUUGAUGAUUAUUUUAAUAUUAUUUGCAAUAUUUCUCUUGUAUUAAUGCGUUGGACCCUUUAUUAAUGGUGCAUUAAAAUAUUUUUUAAAUAAA